UCUGACUUGUGUUGUAGAUCCAGGUAAAUUAUUGAAGAAAACUUAUAAGGAGUGAAUAAUUAAAAUGUUAAUUUGUCAAAUCUUAUUGUAGAAAAUAUAUUAGUUGGAUUCUCGGAUAUUCAUGUGGCUCAAUCAAUUGUUCAAACUCUUCAAACAUUGAUUACUCUGCCCUUAAUGCGACCGCAAUCAUUUUCCUAUGGUGUCUUGAGUAAACAUUUUAUUUCUGGUGUAUUAUUAUUUGGUCCACCAGGCACAGGAAAGACCAUGCUUGCAAAAGCUGUCGCUAAAGAAAGUGGUAGCACAGUAAUAGAUAUUAAAUCUAGUGAUGUAUACGACAUGUAUGUUGGUGAAGGUGAAAAGAAUGUCCGGGCAAUUUUCUCCCUUGCUCGUAAAUUAUCUCCAUGUGUUAUUUUUUUGGAUGAAUUGGAUGCUAUUUUUGGCUCUAGACACUCAGACAUUCAUAAUGGUGCACAUCGGGAAAUAAUAAAUCAAUUUAUGACCGAGUGGGAUGGUUUAACAUCACGUAAUGAUGGGGUAUUGAUUAUGGGUGCAACAAAUAGACCAUUUGAUUUAGAUGAUGCCAUUUUAAGAAGAAUGCCAAGGAGAAUAUUAGUUGAUUUGCCAAAUGAAAAAGAUCGUGAGCAGAUACUUAAUUUGCACCUUCGCGAUGAAAAGCUUGAUUCGUUAAUAUCAUUGAACCAUCUUGCUAGGUCCACCAAAUUUUAUUCCGGAUCAGAUUUGAAAAAUUUAUGUAUAAGCGCUGCUCUGGCUGCAGUUCGUGAAGAUGCUGAGAGUGAAAAGGCUAGAGUUAUUAAUAAUGUUAAUAAAAUAGACAAAAAUAAUGAUGAUUUGAAAAAAAAUAAUACAGAACAAUCAUUACAUGUUAGAGUUCUAAAAGAACAUCAUUUUCAAGUGGCGCUUAAACAAGUAACACCUUCGUGUUCAGAAGAUAUGUCAAGUUUAAUAGAACUAAGAAAAUGGGAUGGGAUGUAUGGUGAUGGUGCAUGGAAUAGAAAGAAACGAGUAAAAGGAAUAGGAUUUAAUGAUACUGUAAAUAUAUCUUAUAAAAAUCAAGAAUUAUAACUUUAUUUAAAUAGUUAAAAAAAAUAUAUAUAUAUAUAUUUGCAUAAGUACAACUAAUAGCAAAAUGC